AUGCCAGCUCCCACUUCCGCAACCACCGGGCAGGGACAAGAAUCCGGAUCUAUCAUCGCAAAGUGGCUUUUGAUCUUCGACAACGUUGAAUAUUGGGCCGACCUGAAACCUUAUUGGCCUGAGAAGGGAUGUGGUAGCGUCUUAGUGACUACGCGCAAGCCCGAUCUUCUAUCACAUCUCGAAACACCAGAAUGUAUAGUCUCGCUGGAACUGGGGCCGCUGCCUAAACAAGAUGCAGGAGAGCUUCUGUCACAUUUCGCCGGUUCAAACCCGGCUAGUUCACCUCAAGUCAAAGGUGCCGCGCAAGAUCUUUGUGUUCGCUUGGGUGGACUACCACUCGCCGUCAUGCAAGUCGGCGCAUAUAUCAAGCAGUGCAAACUUACGAUACUGGAGUUUUGUCAGGCGCACCCUAAAGAAAGUGACUUGUACACGAUCUACCUUGACGAACACCGUGUCGAAGAUUACGAAUAUAAUCUCGCAUCAGUAUGGGCAUUGCAACCAUCGUCAACAGGCGGCGGAUCGUUGGAACAACCAUCGAGACUACUUUGCGUAAUGUCGCUUUUGGACCCCGAAGGAAUAAGGGAAGAGCUCUUGAAACCUGAUCCAACAGUAGAUGAAGUCUCUGGUUACCCUACGAGCGAGCCGGAGUUCAUCCGACAUUAUAGGGCGCUGAUCAAUGCUUCGCUGGUAGAGAAAACGCAGAAAUCAAAGUUCACGGUCCAUAGACUGGUGCAAAAGGUCACAAGAGCCCAGAUUGCUCGGGACGAGACACUGUCUGAGCAAGUAUUCAAUCAAACCCUCAGAAGGCUCACUGAUCGUUGGCCGUACUUCUCUGAGACCAGUCAGCCCAAAGAAGCAUCGCGCAUACUUGAUAUUUCAGAAUCAAUAUGUUCCUCCGCGAAAAGCAUGGCUGAUACGUCUGAAUACGACCAACGCAUUUAUCGAGGGCGUAUCAGUGUGGCCUUCAUAUUGCGGGACGGAGAAGCUUACUUACAUUAUGCGAAGAAAGAAUUAGCGGCGGAAACAGCUCGACACUCAAAGCCCUCGUCUGCUUUAGCUGAAGCAAAUCUUCACAUGGGCAUCGCGUACGGAUUCAACUUCUUAUGGAAAGAGGCCAGAAGGUACUUCAAGAUAUCGAUGAAGAUUAGGGAGGAAAUUUCAGGAUUCAAGAGAGACUGGCUAUUUAGUGCCUACUAUCAGCUAGCGCAUGCCUACUUCCAUCUCAACAAGAAUGAGAAAGCGGCCCAAUGUCUUGAAACUGCGAUAUCCGAUCGCGUUCAAGCUUUUGGGGGAACGGACAGUUAUUCCGUGCGAACUGGAGCUCUCUACUAUACACUUGGCGAUGUAAAAAUCCGGCAAGGUCUGGCACAUGAAGGCUUCGCGCUACACGUUAAAGCACAUGCUCAUCUUGAACGAACGGCUGGACCUACUGGCCGUGGAACUCUUCACUGCAAAUACAAGAUGGCCAUGCACUACGUCAGAUUUCACAGUUACACGAUCGCCAGGCAAUACCUGGAUGACAUUCUGCCGCAUUAUCGAAUGGUAGACCACUUGCGUCCUUACAUCUGCCGCACGGCGUUCCUUUACGCCAAAACGCUACCGGCUACCGACUCUGAGGGAACAACAUUGCUGCAGGAAGCCACUCGGAUCUUCAAUAGUUACUCGAAAUACGAGAAGAGAACUACUGAUACUUUGACAGAGCUAGAUGCUCAAAGCCUCGUUGCUUACGACUACCUGUGA